AAAGAAGGGAGGUACUAGGUAAGCUAAAUCAUAAACCGACUGUCAUUGCCUUUAGCUUCCCAACACAUUAAAACCUGCAAUUCUCCGGAAGUGGUGUAGGUACUGAACUUUGAAAUAAUCCAUGGUGUUGAUCGAUUCGAGUCAGUCAUUCUGUCACAACACUCUGCCCGGGAAGUCGAUGUCUCAGAAAACUUCUACGGAAGAUUAAUGAAAAUGCCAACUUCCUCAGAAAGAUGGAAUGUGGAGGUGCAAUACUUGGGGCUGGUGGAGCGCUCAGAGGGGGGUAGUUAUUACUUGGAGAUCGUCAUUUACCACUUGUAUCCAAGACAAUGGGAGCCAUUUUUGGCUUAGUCACGAGGCUAAAUUAGCUAGUAGCAGCUUUGGAGAUGUUUAUCUUGGAAGAGCGUUGGCCCGCGAAGUAUGGUAGUAACCAUCAACAAGCCUUCCUGCAGUAUGGAGAUGGUUGAAAUUGUGAUUCCACAUCUUGGGCGAAGCGAAUGCCAAUAUCGAGUGAUGAAGUAUCUAUCGGGAUUGUUUGCAACGAGCAACUGUUGUGCUUGUUUGUGUUGACUGUGAUGACUGGCAUUCGACAACAUAUUUGUCAAUAAUAUGAGAUGUAGGAGAAUCUGUACGUUGCAAAAGUUCAUCAAAACAAACGAUUGGAGCUUUGCGUCACAGGUUGGAUAUAAUGUUUGAGCCAACUAUUCUAUUGGCCCUAUUCCCCGGAUUCUGUGGGGUAUGGGGGUUGGCAGGUCUUGAAGCUCCUAGAUAGCUGAUAUGGAGUGUCAUAGCGCAUUUUAACUGACAUUAGGCUCAGAACUUACUAGCUACUGUUAGCUAUACCAUCUGCUGAUGCUACUAUAUAGUCCCUGAGCCACGCCCUGCUGUUCUCUUUACCUCAAUUGACACUACGCAAAACACUGCUCCGACCUUGCGAAUCAUGACUUCAAAUAAACUGCCUAGGACCUCUAGUAAUGCCGACGACGAGAAGGAAGUCGUAAGGCUUCAUGAACAUGCUCCGUCUGUUGAUUUACCUCUAGAUCCAGAUGCGGAUUUGAGCGACGCGGAGAAGGCCGAUAUUGUAGGUCGAUGAACAUCCUCAUGAAAUCCAAUGAUAUACUGAUGAUUUGUGUAGGAGCGCAAGCUGGUGCGGAAGCUUGAUUGGACUUUAAUACCAUGGGUGAGCGAAUCCUUUGCUUUAGCACCGCUUUUCCUCUCUAACUUUGAAAGCUCUGUGUUCUUUACCUACUCGCUUUCCUUGAUCGUACGAAUAUUGGAAACGCAAAGAUUAGCGGCUUACAGAAAGACCUGAGCAACAUGUCGACUGGGAUGUAUAAUGCCGUACUAUCCAUAUUCUUCGUCUCAUAUGCACUCUUUGAACCUAUUACGAACGUGAUGCUUAAGAGAUUUCGCCCAUCCAUAUUCGUACCAAUCAUUAUGUGAGUCUGCAACGAACAAUUGGAACCUUUGCAUAGCAAAUCCCGCGGUGGCAUGGCCAAGUUACUGACAUUGUCAUAGAAUUGCCUGGGGCUUGUGCAUGACAUUCAUGGGCUUUGUCGAGAAUUGGUCAGGCCUGAUGGCCGCCCGAUUCUUCCUUGGUGCCGCGGAGGCGGGGUUAUUUCCAGGAAUCAGUUAUUACUUAUCUUGUUGGUACAAGCGAUCGGAGUUUGGUGUUCGAAUUGCAAUUUUCUUUUCCGCUGCUGCUGUAUCUGGUAGUUUUGGUGGACUUCUCGCCGCGGCUAUCGUGAAGAUGGACGGUAUUGGUGGACUUCAUGGAUGGGCUUGGAUUUUUAUACUGGAAGGAAUUAUUACUGUUCUAGCUGGAGUCGCUUCGUUCUGGCUGGUUUAUGAUUUCCCUGAAAGCGCCAGCUUCCUUUCUGAAGUCGACCGAAGCAGGGUCAUCCGUCGCUUGCGAGCCAAUCAGCAAGCCGCAGGGCAUGAAGCGUUCAACUCAAAAUUUAUUUGGCAAGCAUUCAAGGAUUACAAAAUGUGGAUCGGAAUGGUACUGUAUUCAGGAUGUUGCAUGCCGCUAUACGCGUUCUCUCUAUUUCUCCCUACCAUUAUCACUCAACUUGGCUACACAACAACCAGAGCCCAGCUUCUAUCCGUUCCACCAUAUGUGGCUGCCGCUAUCCUGACGGUUGCGAUUGGAUUUAUCGGUGAUCGUACACGGCAACGAGGCCUGUGUAAUAUCAUCGUGUCCUUUCUUGGUAUUGCCGGUUUCUCCAUGCUCCUAGGUAGUGAAGAACCGGGUAUUAAAUAUGCCGGAACUUUUCUCGGAGCUCUCGGUAUCUAUCCUUGCAUAGCUAACAGUAUCUCAUGGGUCUCCAAUAAUAUUGAAGGCUCCUACAAGCGAGGUGUUGUCUUGGGAAUGAUGAUUGGCUGGGGUAAUUUGUGUGGUAUCAUCAGUUCGAACAUCUAUUUUGACAAGCCCAGAUUUAUUUCCGGCCACUCUAUUGUUAUUGCUUUCAUGGCUGUUUUCUUGUUGGGUGGAAGUACCUUGAUGCGCUUCUUAUUGAAAAGAGAAAAUAGCAAGAGAACUAGGGGUGAGAGAGAUGUGUGGGUUCAGGGGCUCAAUGAAAGCGAGCAGACGGCUGUGGGAGACAAGAGACCAGAUUUCUUGUAUACUUUGUAACUUAAUGGGAAUGAACUUCCGGAAAAAGGGUCUAGGGCUCGGAAGAUAAAAAGAUGUGGAUCUCGCUUGACCGAUGAUGUUGGAGACGAGGAGGAUACUUUAUGUAAUGCUGGACAUAUAUGGGUGAGUACAUAAGUCUGUAAUGAUGGUUUCGUCUUACAGCGCGUUUGCUCUGCUUGUCCAAAUUUGAAAUGGAAGUGGUGAAUCCGUGUAUAGCAUGCCUUGGAGCCACUGCAGUAGACAUACGCAGUAAACACAUGCAGUAGACAUACAUCCCACCUGUACCAUCCCACUUGAAUGAGAAUAGUCUAAUAUCACAACGCAAUCUGCACACACUUGGCCUGAGGUAAUGUAAAACCAUUGGCUUAGAUUCUUGCAUGAAUCUCAGCCAUGUUCACCUUAAACAUAUUCGCUACCCGGGGUCUUCAGUUGGUUACUUGCCCAGCCCCAGCGCUCUUAGCUUUAAGUUUCGAUGUUGCA